CGACUUGUUUGUUGCAGACGAACUUUCCGCGUAAACAAGUUGAUUUCAGUUUACGUUGUAGAAGCUGUGUUUUAACGUGUUUGAUAGAGCUGCGUUAUUUUCGUUAGUUUUUGAGUUUUAAACCGAGCUUAAACCACCAAUAAAUAUAUCUGGAUCGAAAUUCUGUUGAAAAUUUGGGUAGGAGCAUUAUUGAAACUUCUUUUUGUAUUGCAUCAUACCAAAUAGAAUGACAAGUUUGCUUACUGUGCUCAGGAUAUCAUCUAAAAGAUGCGUUCGUAGCGGUUUUGAAAUUAGAAGACAUUUUCAUAAUCGGAAUAGGAUUUCUUCGAUCCAUACUCUUCAAGAUCGUAGAAAUGAACAAGAAAAUUUUGAUACGUUAGGGACAUGGGACAACAGAAUAGAUUUACCUCUUCUUCUCCAAGCCAGUAUAAAACAUGGAAAACCUAUUCCAAAGAUAUCUAUCGAAAAUGUAGGAACUGCUAGUGUGAUAGGAAGAAGAACAACAAAUGAAGACAGAUUAAGAGUAAAAGAAUUACGUCCAGAAUUGUUGUACUUUGCUGUAUUUGAUGGACAUGGUGGACCUGAAUGUGCCGACUUCUGCUGUGAUCAUAUGGAAGACUACAUUAUCUAUUGGUUAAAUCGAGGGGAAACAGAUUUACAAACAGUGCUUCAGUAUUCUUUUCAAGACAUAAAUAAUGUGUAUGCAAGACAUAUUUUAUUCAAUUCUACUCGAAAAGAUGCCUCUCAAGCAGGUACAACAGCUACUGUUUGUCUGUUAAGGAACAGUGUUGAACUGGUAAUAGGACAUGUUGGAGACAGCAGAGCAGUAUUAUGUAGGAAUGGUGAAACAAAGCGGCUAACUACAGAUCAUACAGCUGAUUUGAAAUCAGAAAAGGAAAGAAUAUUAAAAUCCAAAGGGACCAUUAAUACUGACAAUAUAGGAAGGCAUUUAGUGAAUGGAAGAUUGGCCAUGACACGUAGUAUUGGUGAUUUAGACUUGAAGCCUUAUGGUGUUUCGGCACAAGCCGAUACCAGAUCUCUUGAAAUAAAACAUGGAAGAGAUGCCUUUUUAAUAUUAACUACUGAUGGUGUGAAUUUUGCAAUGAGUGAUCAAGAAGUGUGUGAUGCAGUUAACACAUGUCACAAUCCUACAGAAGCAGCUGCAUUUGUAACUGAUCAGGCAUUGCAGUUUGGAUCAGAGGAUAAUGCUACAGUUGUGAUUGUUCCCUUUGGUGCCUGGGGAAAAUAUCAGAAUCAUAAAAAAACAGCACUGAAUUUUGGACGUAGCUUACUUCGUAGCAAUCGCUAUUGAGAAAAUAUAUGCUCUUUAAUGUGAUAUAUAUAUAGGUGGCAUAUCAAAGUCAUUUUCCUGUUUUCAUUUCAGUUUUCUGUUUCAUAGUGCCAAAAAUCAUACAGCACUUAAAGGUUUGUUUAUUUUCUUAGUUGCUACAAUGUAACUUAUCAAUAUGUAUAAAUAAAAUUGUUUUUACUUUGAUAGGGUUAGACUUCAUAUUUAGAAAAUAAUUAUGUUAAAAAAUGUUAACUAAAAAUGUUUCCUUGCUUUGAAUUUCAUAAAAAAUCUAAUAUCAGAGGUUUGUGAUUCAAAUUUUUUAAUUCUAAUGUUUAUUCAGUCAAAUAUUAGGCCUGUCUAGGUACUAUUGUAAAUUGUAAACGAAGAAAUCAUAAGAAUGUCUAAGAUGGCAUUUGAUCUCAUUUGCUUUUAGUAGCAAUUCUCAACUUUUUCAUUAAUGCUAAUCUUGAUUUAAAAAAUUGUUUCAAAUUUUUUCAUGAAAAGAAUACUGAGAUCAGAUUCAAUGAAUGCAAGAGAAAUGAAUUCUUCUCAAACCAUGCUUUUAUGAAAAAUUUCAUCAAGUUUAAACCUGAAAUUCAUAAUCCAGUUUAUGAAAUAUAUUAAUUCUAAGAAUAAUCAAUAUGUUGUAAUUAGGUUAUAGGAUGAAAGUGAUGCAUAUUUGAAUUGUUUAUGCUAUAGUUAUUCAAAGUAAGCAUACAUUUUUGUGUUACCCAGUAUUUCAUUAUCAAAAUUAAAGAAUGCAUUUUAGCAGUUUGGAAAUGUUGAUCAUGCUGGUGCUCUAGUCUUUCUUUUCUUUUUUUCUUUCUUUCCCCCCCCCUCUUUUUAACAUUUUAAAAAAUUGAAAUUAAAUAUAUUUGCAUAAUAAUACUAACCAUAAAAAAAAGACAUUAAUGCAUUUAUUCCAUAUGAAACAUUACAAAAGAGUCUCAUAUAAUAUAUUUUUGAAUAUAUUCCAAUCAUUUCACUGCUAUACAUUCAUUUUACUUUAUUACAAAACUAUUAUAAAUUUUCUUUUCCGAAUAAUGCAAUUUAAUGCAGUGUACUAAAUUGUAUGUAUACAAUUAGCAUCUAGUAUUGUAGUUAACAUCUAGUUUUACAGUUGUUUGACAUGAAUAUUAAUCCAUAUUGUUACAAUGUGGACUGAUAAAUAAAUAUAUAUAUUAAACUUAACUGAAAGUACUAAAAAAUAAUUUGUGGCGACAAAAACUUUUUGAAAUUACUAAUAGAAAUGCUCUUUGUACUUUAUAUUUUAAUUCAAAAUAUCUGUUCCUCAUUAUUUUUCAUUGAAAAUUUAUUGCAAAAUUCAGGAGCUUAUGAUUUGUUUCCAUUAUUUUAUUGCAAAAUACAAAAGCAGAAAGUCUAAACUGGAAUUAUUGAAAGGUUUUUCUUCAGUUUUCUAAUGUCAUUUAAAAAGAAAUUUUCUUAAUAAAUAAAAUUUAAACUAUUUCCUUAAUAUCAUAAAGAAUAAAAAUUGUUAAAGAAUUCCAUACUUGUUUCUUCAAAGCAUGUUAUAUGUGUAUGCAUAUUUUCUUUUACUGUAUGGUAAGUCAGUUAUAUUUAGACAAACUUCUAUUAAAAUCACUCACUGAAAAAUUUUGGAACAUUCUAACUCUGGACCAAAUUAAAGUUGAGGGGGGGGGGAAUCAAACAUAAUGAUGUUUUAAAAAUGGUCUUUUAUAGAUUUCAUUAGUUAUCAUUGCUUUUUAUUAUUCCAUUUUAGAAAAAGGCGUGUUUUGUACAGAAAAUAUAAUACCAAUAUUUAGAUGUAAUUUAUAAGGUUUAGCUAUUUAACUUAAUAUAAAUUCUUAAGAAUUUUUAGUUUAUAUUCUGUGUGUAAGUUUUUUUUAAAGUAUAAUUUUAGGAUUUAUAUUUGAAAAUUGUUUUAUUUUUAAAAGAUAUAGAGAAAUAAAUAAUAAUUGUAGAAGUUUCUCAAGCUCAAAUUAAAAGUUGUAAAUAAUUUUUGUUAUUUAUUUUAAAAUUUACUCUUUUUAAUACAAAUAUAUAAUUUAUAUUUGUUUAGAAAUGUUAGAUAUAAAAAUGUUAUUUCUCUCCUAUAUUUUGGAUCAUUAUGUUUUAAAAGAGUAUUUUUCAAUUUCUUCAGUUUAAACAUUUCUUUUUUCUUUUAAGAAAACACAUUUAUUUUCUUAAAUGAUAUUUUAUAUUCAUUUUCAUUUGUUUACUCAUUUUCAAUUGAUAAAUUUUUUUGUUUUUUGUUGAUAUAUUGAACUUGUUGCUUAUGCUUGUAUUUGUAUUAGACAAAGUUGUUGUAGACAUUGUUUUAUUUCCUGUUUGUUGAAUAUUUUUAUUUUUUGAAUUUUUGUUGAAUUUGUUGUGUUGUUCUGAUUCAGCAAACAGCUUUAAUUAAAAUCUUAUGUUAUACCAUAAGUAAUUUUAUGGGAACUAAAACUAAUAUAUUGAAGAAGUUUUCAUGCAAUUUUUUUAGUUCAAAAGCUGUGAUAUAAAAGUACAGAAUGUACAGAAAUAUUCUGUGUAAAUGCACAGAAAUAUAUAUAUAAAAAUGUGUAAUAAAUAGUUUUCAGAAGAUGAA